AUGGCGCCAAUGGGUAAUGAUGAAUACACUCUUGAUUGCAAUGUAGGCGGCCCAUGUUUUCGGCCAACACUCCAAUUUGGUCUGUUGCAAACUAUUCGAUGUGCGAGCAAAAAAUCCGGUGGUAAAUCCAAGAAUGGACGAGGUUCUGCUGGGAAAAGAUUAGGUCCAAAGAAAUCCGAUGGUCAGAGUGUCAUCCCUGGCAAUAUUAUCAUGAGGCAAAGAGGGACUAAAUUUCAUCCUGGAUUAAAUGUUGGAAUCGGCAGAGAUCAUACGUUAUAUGCCCUGGUAGAAGGAAAGGUCUCCUAUACAAGGCAAGCACUUCGUAAUCCAAUUCCUUACCGACCUAUUAAAGUGAGAAAAACCAUUCACGUUAUACCCACUCCCAAAGUGCCAGAGUUUGUUUUAAAUGCUUGA